AUGGCAAAGUCAAGCGAGAUGAGAACGGCGUUUGACAGCGAGACGUUUGGCAGGGAUUGCUCAUUUCGUCUUGACAAACCCGUUGGCUCCGCCUCCAUUUCGCCAUGUGGGAGAGACAUCGUUCUUGCUUCGAAGGAAGGACUUCACAUAAUCGAUCUUGACUCCCCCUACGCUCCCCCUCGCUACCUACCUCAUAAGACACCAUGGGAGGUCCCCGAUGUACAGUGGUCCCCAUUUGCUUCAAGAUCAUAUUGGAUUGUCAGCGUCUCAAAUCAGAAAGCUCUCGUCUGGAAUGUUGGCCUCGUCAAUGCACGAUCUUCAGUCGAAUAUGUACUCCAUGCUCACAGCCGCGCCAUUACGGAUAUGAAUUUCUCAGCCCAUCAUCCAGACAUACUUGCCACGACCUCUAUUGACAGCUAUAUCCAUUGUUGGGAUCUUCGAAACCCCAUCAAGCCAGCAAUGACCUUUGCCGAUUGGUAUGCUGGAGGAACACAGGUCAAGUGGAAUAGACAAGAUUCACAUAUUGUGGCGUCGUCUCACGACAAAUACUUGAAGAUCUGGGACACUAGAAAGGGCGCAACUCCGCUCAAGAAAAUCGACGCCCAUGCCACCAAGGUCUAUGGAGUUGACUGGGACCGAAUGAACACGCAGAAGGUAGCAACAAGCUCUCUGGAUUCAACCAUUAAGAUUUGGGACUAUAAGAAAACAGAAACCUCUCCAGAGAAAGUCCUUCGUACCCCAUUUCCAGUCUGGAGAGCACGAUACACACCAUUCGGACACGGACUCAUGGCCUUGCCUCAACGGAAGGAUUAUGCCCUGCAUUUGUAUGAUCUGAAUGAGAAGUACGACCAAAGCGAUGAAGGCCUCGCGAAACCCGUCUAUAAAUUCGGUGGUCAUCAAAACAGAGUAAAAGAAUUUCUGUGGAGAACAAGGGGCAACGUCACAAGCGAGGUCGAUUAUCGAGAAUAUCAGCUCGUAUCUUGGGGAUUGGAUCGACAUCUACGGCUUCAUGAAGUAAGAGCGGAAAAUCUAGACAAAGUAGGGUAUAGGCAGGGAAUGAAGGUGAAGCGUACCACCAACUUCACUCGACGAGGGGCGAAGUACAGGACAUUUCGCGAUGAACCCUUGGAGAGCGAAGAAUCUCACUACUUGCAAUUUCCAAAGCCUGUAACUCACGGCAUCAGCAAUGUCUCCUUGAAGCUCUCGAGUGGCUUUGGGAGUCAAGGUUUUAUGAGCGCGGUCGAACAUGACAAAACCGCCUCGGUCACGGACAAGGGUCCGAUAUCUUGGAUGCGAGGUGUCAAGAUUGGGAAGCGUUCGACUUCUCCUGGACCUGUGGACGUAACGAAUGCAGUGACAUCUCUUGCGAAGGCAACCGCGGCUUGGGAGACAUUCGAGUCGUUAGGAGAAGAGAUCACAACGUCCUUAGACAAAUUUCCGAAGCUCAGCGUCGAUGAGAUUGACGUCCACGAUCGAAUGAUGGUUGUCUCCCUAUCUCGUUCUUGGGCAAGUGAGGUAGUCCCAAAGCAACUGCAAGCGCGCAUCAGCUUCCCAUCUUCGUAUCCACAAGAAGCUAGCCCACUUGUCACGGUCGAGAACCCAUCUUCCCUAGAUCGUAACGUCGUGAACGGCAUCUCGGCAGACAUACUCAAACUCACUGAUGGAUUUUUGAGUCAGAAAAGGCACUCUCUAGAGGCCAUAUUACGCUAUCUCAUUGGAGAGCAAACUCUGCAAGAAAGCCUUCGCUGGCUGAACAAAGAGAAUGAAGCGGAAGAUGCAAUACAAAUACAAGACCUAGACUCCAGUAGUGACGAAGACGCUGAUUUUGGUCAAGUCAGGUCACCAAUGGACGUAGUGGGAAUUGGCGAGUCUACUGCUGCUGUAAAUAACGCUCAUUAUAAUGUUCCCAUACCACGAAGCUGUGGGGCUGUCUGGGCGUGCACUGGUGCUCUAGUCUGCUUCUUCCCGCCAAAGCAGAAGAACAAUUCUCUUAUCGGUCAAAAUCGGUUGUCCGAACUUUCGUUCCCUGUCAACAGCAAGGAGCUCUUCGAAAGCUUUGGCAAUCUACAGCAGGGUGCACGACGCCGAAAUAACACGACUUCGACCGUUGAAUCAAAGACCGCCACUAACAGCGAUGACUUUGAGCUAUCAUCAUCAAGCUCUUCAUCCUCAUCAACAGGUUACGAAUUACUUAAUUUGCCAUUUCUUCCGGCUGUGCCUUGGAACAUUGGAUCGAAACGGGACACUGCAUUCAACUCUUCCCAAAAGUCGGGCGGCGAGACUGGCUUUCCAUCCACUACAGCGACAAAAAUCGAUACGUCUGUAUCAAUCUUUCGAUUCGACGGCCUUUUUCCUGCGAAACAAAUCCUUGCUCAGCAAUAUCUCGUUGAGCCUGGCCGUCAUGCAGCAGAACAUAAUAUUGUGGUUGCACGAGAGCAAGGACUGCUUGAUCUAGCAGAAACAUGGACGCUCUGCAGCCAUCUCCUACCACAACCGUCCUCAGACACGGUCGGCUCAGCCGCCGCUCAAAAAGAGACAAGCGCAGAUACUGAAGACGAGUCCGUCAAGCUUCGCGGGAGAGACAGCGCGAUCGACCUUUCUCAGGACUUCAAACAUGGGCAGUCAAGUUUUCCAAUGCAAGCUGUCACUAGCGUGGGUAAACAGUGGCUUGUGGAUGACAUACUGAGCCGUCUAGAACGCGCCGGGGAUAUCCAGGCUUUAGCAAUGCUUACCUGCGUUCUCAGUCGACGACCAAGUUCUAGAACAACCGAAGAGAGAUCGGUGCUUCUGCAGAGAGAUGGGUCAUCCAGCGCAACACCAGCUAAUGCACCUAUGGUCAAUUCCGAGGCUGCAGUGGAUAGCUUCAAGAUUUCUGUGAAGGAUGCUGCCAAGCUUCCCGUACGACAAGAUUCUUGGAGUCAUUCCAAACCGACCCGGGAAGGUACCACUUCAAUACGUAUCCCGACAAGAUCGGCCAAACCCUCUCUUUCAGCGAGUGCCACGCCACCUGGGUUCAAACCAUUGAGACUUGGCCACGAAAGGAAGGCAUCUGACCCUACGAUCGUUUCAACAUCACCAGAUCCGAGCAAAGCCGUCCAUCGUACUGGCGCCAAUUUCGAUGCUUUAACAUCUCCCCUCACAAAGCCCGUUCAUUUUCAUUCGGCAUCUUCUUCGCCGCCUAAUCAGAUGCUCAAAAAGCGCCCAAGCCCUACCGGUAGUUAUAUGGCUUCCACACAGCCUAGCAGCAAUUGGACCGCGCCUAGUUGGAUGAGUCGAAGCUCGACGCUUACCGAAGUGUCCAAGCCUGAGAUCUCGCCGACAAAAUCAGAGAAACAGAAUAACAAUAGUACUCUGAUUCCGGAAGGCGACCUACCUCUGAAGUUGUCUCUCAAAUUAUUGAAUGAGGACAAAUUUAGAGAAGAUGCUUACGAAGCCGCUUCGCUUCUCGACCCUGCGCACGAAGCAAAGUACCAGAUGUGGCGCCAGGAAUAUGCCAACUUGCUACUUGCUUGGGAUUUACCCGUCCAGAGAACAGAGAUUUUGAACUUCAACCAAAGUCUCCCGCAGACCACGACUACUGCGUCCGAGGAUUUGAUAACCAAAUUUGCUCCUACCAACGUGUCAGCGAAUACACUCAUAGCACUUACGACACGUUGUCCCUACUGCUCUUCUUUGCAAUCUAACCACAAACGAAGGAAGUGUCAGCACUGUAGUCGCAUUCUUCGGCCUGCCCUCUGCACUUAUUGCAAUAAUUACAUUCACGGUCUCGCCUCCCCGUGCCUCAACUGCGGACAUUCCUUGCACUUCAACUGCCGCAUCUCUGUACUCGCAGACGUGAAGAUGAGUGAUGAGUGCCUCACAGGCUGCGGCUGCACAUGCAGCGAGCAUGAAACAUUCGAAAUGCCCAUGCAAAGCUCAAGACCGUCUCUGCCAACACAUGGGAGAAGCGUUUCAAGUGGACAGAACUUUCAUUCUGCUUUGACUGUUCCUCCUGGUGAGGGAACGGCAGGGAAGAGGAGCAUGAGCAUGAGCGAACGCGGUGGAGUGGGUGCUGGAGUCAGUGGUAAGGGUGGAAAGAGCGCUGGAGGCGACGGGGAUGGAAAGAGGCUGGCGGCUGAUGAUGAGGUGUUCUUGCGUCUUACGCGCGCCUUGGGUAGGGGGAAGAAGCAGGAUGGGUUGCUGUCGCAGGGGUUGAGGAAGAGUGCUAGUCAGAUCUGGAGGGGUGGCUGA